GCGCGUUCUCUUCACACUUCCAGCGUUUUCACUGCUCAUCCUGUGCUUUUUCAUAGUGCCCUCUCUCUCUCUCUCUCUCAUGUGUGUGUGUGUUCUUUUAUGUGACCAAUAAUAACCUAUAUACAAUUUGGAAAGUGAGGACAUUUUGGCUGGUCCUCACAUUCUGUCACCUCUUAAAAGGACCUUUUGAGGACUGGAAAUUUUAAGGGUAAUGUUAGAUUAAGAGUUAAGGUGAGGUAUUUAGUUGUGAUGGUUAAGGGUGCUGCAAUCUGCUUUACUCUGAAGUUUAAGGCGGACGAAUGGCAGGAGAAAACCUCAGCGACUCAUUUCCAGAGCUGAAGGAGGUGGAAAACAAGCUCGGCAGGAAAACACCAGAGAGUCUCCUGACUUGGAUGAGGGAUGCUGCGAGCUGUGGUGAUGAUGUGGACGAUGAGUGGAGAGACCACAGCUCUGCCUUCAGCGGUCGCCUUUCUGACAGAAUCCUCACUUUAAAACAAGAGAUGAGGUGGCUGCGCUCUGCCGAUGUAAGGAUUCUGCGGCAGCUGGUGUCCGUGCAUGAAGGUAUCGAGGCCACGCGUUGGCUGAUGGAGGAGCGAGGAGCCUUCGCCAGUCGAGGCAGCAGCUUGACAAGCAGCCUGAGCAGCCUGGAGCAGGCACCAUCAGUGACCUAUGGCAGGGAAAGCCCGAGUCCAACCUGCCUACAGGAUCUCACUGAAACAACUGGUGAGGAUUCAGCGGGUCAUCGAUCACCACACACUGACCACAACAGCUCCUUGGAUGUUCUUCGUCCAGAGUCUUCAGAAGUGACUCCAUUCACUCUCGCUGACCCCUCACAUAAUCCUGCCCAUGGUUCAGUCAGUUUAAAAAAGUCACAGUCGCAGGACUGGGACACACGUCUGUCUGAAGACAUCAAAGUUAGUGCUGGUACCAUCACAAGAGCUCUGCUCAGAUCCAGAAAGUCAAGAGGAGUGAAAGAUAGUAGUUUUCCUCUCACCCCGGAGACUUCCAAAGCCUCGGAAAACAACAACAUGACAGAAGAGAAGGCAAGUGCACCUAAAAGAGAGGAGCUUCUGCUGGGGUAUGAUGCUCAGUGGUGCUGGGUGGAGUCGCAGGAUGAUGUGACGUUUCUAUGAUUUUUAUGAUGAAGGAGUUAGAUUUAAACUGAAAUGCACUUUGAUAUUUAUCGUGUGUCCUUUGAAUAGGAAGCAUGUUUAAAGACAAAUACCUGUGUCAGGGAUUUAGUUUGGAAUGUUUACUUUCAAAGCCUAUCCUGUAUUUGUGACCUUGUGUAGUAUUAUUAUUAUGGAUUUAUUUAUUUUCCAUACCACUCAUGAUGGGACUGGUGCAACUCAACUACACAAGCCAAGUAUCAAAGUAACAGAACAACGCAAUUAUAAAAUAUAUAACUAGUCACAGUGGACACACCUCUACUAAGUUCCCCACAGUGUCAAUAAAGGUGAAGCUCCAGAUUCUCAACAAACUAUACAGUAUUAUUGACCCAUAUGAAGUAUUUUCCCAUGGUGAUUUAAAAACUACAUUUUAAAGUUCUUAAUGAAAAUGUUGAAAACCGUGCAUGGUUAACAAUUUAUCCUCAAUGUGACCUGAACACAAAGACUCAAGAAGAUGAUGCUGAUGUUCAACUUUCUGUAAUAAACCAGACAAACGGUG